CCCUAGUCUUCUGACACAGUAGUCGAAAUCCCACCUUAUCCCCGUCUGAGAUUAACCUUUGUUUGUGCACGAUAAGACAACCCAGCCAAACGUAUACGCAUAGGGGGGGGCUAGGACUCAAUCCGAAGGCUCAAAACUUACUAACAAACCCCUUGUUCACUUUCCAUCUUGCAUCUCUGGCUUGAACGUCCCUCGAACGUGAUUCUGCACCUUUUCAAAUCGGUGACACUACAGUAUCCUGAUAGAACCGGGGGCAGUGGGCAGGCAGUCACGGAUACGACAUAAUGGGUCUCAUAUACAACGUGUACCUCACCUCCAACAAGAUCUUUGGGUGUAAGCAAUGCAAAACCCACCUGGCGGACUACGACGACAUCAUCAGCCGAAAUUUCCGAGGCCAGCAUGGCAAGGCAUACCUCUUCAAUAACGUCGUGAACGUCACCCAGACCGAGGCCGUGGAGCGGAGCAUGACCACGGGACGACAUAUUGUUCGCGAUAUCGCCUGUCGACAGUGCAAGGAGACGGUCGGUUGGAAAUACGACAAGGCCUACGAGACGAGCGAGAAAUACAAGGAGGGGAAGUUCAUUCUAGAGGAGGAGCUCCUGUGCGUUGUGUGCUGAGAUUCUUUGUACCAACGUUGUGGCCAUGGAGACUCUGAGCCGAUAUAGCCACAUGCACCCAUGGCCUGGCCUUUUUCGGUGUGCAUGUUUCUGUGAUGGGGCCCCAUUGCGUUUGCGUGGGUUGAAAGCUGAAGACCGGUUCGUUCA